ACAUGGCUCCCUGUUUGUUUCAUCGGUCUCUUUGUGCGUUGUGUGUGGCUGUGAUGUUGGGGCUGGGUGCCCGCUGUGAUCAUACUGAGCCCCCAUGUGGGGCGUAUGCACCUGGAGACAUCAUCCUUGGGAUUUUGGCAUCGGUUCACUCCAAAGUAAAAGAUCUUCCAGCACGGAUUCGUCCAGAUCAGUAUACCUGCACUGAUUUUGAUUUAAUACCAUUUGUACAGUCGUUAGCUGCAAUCCACACCAUCGAAACUAUCAAUGACUCUGGAUUUCUUCCUGGGAUUCGGCUUGGAUAUCUGAUGUGUGAUUCUUGUGUAUACGCUACCAAAGCCUUGCAUUGUGUGGAGCAAAUGCUUGCUGUGAAUGGAUCAUUUCCAGUCCUCUCUAACUACUCAGACUUUACAUCAUCUGUGAAGGCAUUCUUGGGAGAAAGAUACUCUGAAUUGUCUAUUCCUGUGGCCAAAUUCUUGAGUCUCUAUAUGAUUCCUCAGAUCAGCUGCACAUCUUCUUCACCAGCAUUAAGUGACAAAUCACGUUAUGCAUCCUUUUUCCGUGUCAUUCCAAGUGAUGUAUACCAGACAAAGGCUUUGGCAAAGCUCAUGAAGUACUUUAACUGGGACUGGGUUGGAGUGGUGACCCUUGAUGAUGACUAUGGAAAACCUGCCCUGGAGAAAUUUCUGAUCGAUUCAGGAAAAGAACAAAUAUGUGUGGAGUUCCAGGAAGUGGUGCCAAACUACCUAGGUUCCACAAAUAUUGAACAGCGUAUCAAAGAGGUGGCUGAGAAAAUCCAAAACUCCACUGCCAAAGUUGUGCUGCUCAUUUUGAGACCAGAACAUGUGGCGAUGCUCUUUAAAGAGCUGAUUAAGACAAAUACUACUCGAAUCUGGAUCGCCAGUGAUGCCUGGUCUACAACACGCUUUGUAAUGAAGAUGAAGGACAUUAACAAGGUGGGAGACAUCUUUGGCUUUACCUUCCUCACCGGGAAGAUCCCAGGUUUUGAAGACUAUCUCAAGAAUCUGAGGCUAGCCCCAGGAGAGAGGAAUGAUUUCAUUAAGGAGUACAAGCAAAUGAGGUUCAACUGCAGUCAGCAAUCAGUACACACAUCCCCUUUGGCCUGUAGUGUGACAGACCCCCAGGAGGCGAACGAUGACUACCUGCUCCAUGCUGUGGACCUGACGGAGGCCUACAAUCAGAGAAUAGCAGUGUAUGCUGUAGCUCAUGCCAUCAGGAAACUUCUUAAAUGUAAUGACACUGCUUGUUCUGGAGAUGUAAACCUACUGCCAUGGCAGCUUGUGAGCAUUCUUCGUGAAAUUAAUUUUACCUUGGACAACAAGACAUAUUCCUUUGAUGAAUAUGGUGAUUUUAAGAAUGCUUACGACCUCAUUAGCUGGAAAAUGAACGGUGAUGAAAGAGUACCUGAGGUGGUGGGACAAUUCCUCAUAAAGAAUGAAGAAGUUGAAGUCAAUGACAGCAAAAUCCCAUGGAACAAUACGGUGCCCUUGUCUAGGUGUUCAGUGACUUGUCUCCCAGGCACAGAGAAGAACAUAUCAACCAUCUCCUGUUGUUAUACCUGUGCUAACUGUAGUGAGGGAUACUAUUCUAAUAAAACGGAUCAACUUGCCUGUAAAAAAUGUCCAGAAGGCUCUUGGUCUCUUCCAGGGUCGAGAGAAUGUCAGAAAUGGAAUAUUUUGUUUUUGGAGUGGUCUUCAGCUUAUUCCAUUGUAGUGAUGAUUGGAACAGUAAUAGGUGCACUACUGCUGGUGUUCUCAUUUAUCUUUUUCAUUCUACACAGAGAAAAACCCAUCAUAAAGGACAUCUUAGUCACUUCAUGUCUGAUGAAAUUUGGCCUGAUGGUGAGUUUUGGAGGUGUAAUUCUUUUCUUAGGCAGCCCAAACAUCCAUAUUUGCAGAGCUCAACAGACCAUGUAUGGUCUUGGGUUCACUCUCUGUGUGUCCUGCAUUCUGGUUAAGGCCCUUCACAUAUUCUUAGAGUUAAUGUCCUCUAAUCCUGCAAAGCAGCGCAAACUAAGAAAGUUUGAUAAGCCCUUUGUCAUCAUAGGAAUCCUCACUGUUAUUCAAGCUCUCAUCUGUAUCUUCUGGAUGGUAUUUGAUCCUGUUAAUGUUGAGGAGACACAAUCAAAAACUCAGUUACUUACUCUGAACCGUCUGUGCACUCAGGGGUCUCUGUAUGGCUUUGGUGCGAUGCAUGUCUACAUUGCUUUACUAGCUGUGCUAAGUUUUGGACUGGCCUUCAAGGGGAGAGACAAUGAGACUGAUCCUAUAGUCUUCAGCAUGCUCAUCCAUCUGUUUGCCUGGCUUUGCUUUAUUCCAGUCUUUAUCACUCAAUAUGAAUCACGCCCCAUCGUCCAGAUCUCUGGCAUUAUGGUCUCAAACUAUGGAGUCAUCUUCUGCCACUUUGCCCCAAAAUGGUUUAAGAUCCUCUCAGAAAAGUCUGAAACAAAGAAGGCAGUAAAACCACCAGUUGAGUCUCUUACAAUGGACUCAGACUCCGGAGUGGUUUGUGGGACCUCAAGCGAGACAGCAUCAAUACCCAGCACACCACAGAGCCGAUUCAGCAUUGCAGAAUCGGAAAUGUCCAACUGGGAUGGUAACAGCCUGCAUCUCUCAGAAGCCAGUAUUGCCUCAUUUAGGCAUCGGAGACUAAAAAGUUGGAGAUCAAGAAGUCUGAGACCAAUAAGUCUGAGACCAAGAAGUCUGAGACCAAGAAGCCAGACACUAAUGAAUCUAUAAGCCUGUUCGUGUUGAAUUAAUUUGUUCAUCUGUAAUAAAAUCUGUAGUAAAAUUCUUACCUGUCUUACCAGUGAUAAAUUUACCACAGAC